AUGGCCUGCUGCACAACUUCAUAUGCAUCCACCAAAGAGACAACAAAUUAUGCUCGUCUGUGUCGUCUUCUUGUGGAUGUAGGAUCCCAGGCAUUGAGAAACAAGUUUGAUAGUAUUCACCCACCAGCGGGCCUACAUGGAAUUCUUACAAAGCCUCCAGCACACCCAGUACUGCAGACACUUAGAAAGAAGAGAAUUCUCAAUCCCACUCAAUGGGCCAAGCUGUAUCCCCCUUCACGUCCAUCCGUAUCUUCGAAAGAUUUUGAUGUCACACUGCUGAUGUUGCUCUUAAGGAAUGUAUGUGGCUUGACUCCUCCAACCACUGGUUGGGACAAUCUGCCACCUGCUGCAGAUAUGAGUGUUGAAGCCAACAUAGCUAGGGUGAAGUAUUACCGGAACCAUGUAGUUGGACAUUCCAGCCAGGCAUCUGUGGAUGAUACAACAUUUAAUACUUAUUGGCAGGAUAUAAGUAAUGCAUUGGUAGGACUGGGUGCAGAUGCUGCUGCUAUCAGUAAACUGAAGACUGAGAGCAUGGAUCCUGUCAUUGAGAAACACUACCAAGAAUUACUGAGGGAUUGGAAGAAAGAUGAUGAUAGCAGCAAAGACAGACUAGAUGAGAUUGAAGGUAAGUUGAAAAGUCCAUAAUCAUUGUGGAUGAAAGAAAUAACAAUAAGCUUCUAACAAAAUUAUGCAUAAAGAAAUGCUAGAAACUGUUUUAUUACACUGAAGGUGUAAGGCAUGAAUCAUUUCAGUUAAGAGAAAUCAUGCCAAGCAUGACUGUUGCUAACUUCAUGACCUACAAUAUAUUCCCCUAGACCUGGACUGAAAUUUCAGCCGCCCCCUUGAGAGGACAGCUGUAACUUUGGCUACCCUAAACCCUCCUACAUAAGAAAAAAAGGGGGAGUGGUAGUGGUUAUGUUAUUUUGUAGCUUUACUCCCCCUACCUCUGGAGGAGCGUGUGACCACAGCCAUAAUAAGAAAUUCUUGUGCCCUUAAAAAGGUGUUCCAGUCAACACUUGCUAGAUAGCCAUUCCAUUUAACUAUACUUCUAGCUGUGAUCUCUCCCGGACUGAUUAAUGGAUUUUUGAUUCUGAUAACAAACAGAGCUACUAAAGCACACGAGUGAUCAAAUAAUCAAAAGUCAAAGGAAAAUUAUAGCAAGUUUGACGGUUCCUGCAGAGCGCGCAAAACAAGAAAAAGGUAUGCUUACCACUGUGAUAAAACCUUGGUUUUUCUCCAUGAGGUCCGUGACAUACAAUGUACAAGCACAACCUUGCAGAACUAACAAACAAUUUUACAUUGAGUUUCUUUCAGCCUAGAACCAUGAAGAAAACCGGUGCAUCUUUUUCCCUUCUGUAUUUAAAACUGUUGGUUGUCUGUUUUGUUUUCCCCAAGAACAUUGUCAAUUAGUUCACAAAAAACAGUGAAUAAACAUAGGGCAGUCACUUGCCAACGUGUAAACCUCUAUACAAAGAAAUCUAGAAAGACUAAGGAUUAACAGAAUAAGAAGGCACUAAAUAUUUUUCUCAUAAAGAAAAUGGUGAAGUUCCUUGAUACUUGGUUGUAUUUUCAGAAGAAAGCUUUUAGGGAAAUUUUCUUAGGAAGAAUAAAUUUGAGGAUAUUUAACUACAGAAAAGUUACACAUCCUGUGAGAUGACACCCCCCAGACAGGAAAAAUAAUGAAGACGGAACAUGCAAGUUCUGCAGCUAAAGUUUAAGUUGUGCAGUUAGCAGUUAAACGGGUUCAGUAGACUGUAACAGGGUGUUAUGAUAUUUUUUUCAGGUGCUUUUGACCCAACUGAAUUUAUCGAUGGCAUUCGCCAACUCUACAGCACCCGUGAAAGAUGGAUUGCACCCUUUCCGUGGUGUGAAAAAUUUCGAUUAGGCCUUGAUAACAAUUUUACCAGACUCAAAAUAGUGAGCAGGAAGAAAGAAAGGGGGGAAAAGACUGAUGAAACUGUUACGAUGAACGAUAUCUUUAAACCACACGAGGAAUGCCCACAUCCUAGGACGGUGUUGAUUGAAGGGAAGCCAGGUAUAGGAAAGACCACACUCUGUUAUAAACUUGCUUACGACUGGGCAACGAAGAAACAAGGGGAAGAACAUUCUUCAGAGACUUUUUUUCCAAACUUCCAAGUAGUUUUGUUUCUUAAAUGUCGAGACAUACAGCCUUACCUUUGGGAAGCACAGGUUUUGCCUCGAUCCAAAAAAGAACAGCUGGAGGAAAUCUUUAAUUCCGUUCUUUGGAAUGCCAUUGAUGAUCAACUUCUGCCUCAAGAUGUCACAAAAGAAGAUAAGGAGGAAUUCUUCAAAUUCAUUCGCCAUAAUCAGCCAGACAUUUUACUGGUACUUGAUGGAUUGGAUGAGUUGCCUACCAAUAUGUUACCAGCGUUUAAGGAAGUAAUUCAAGGAAGAAUCUUACAAAGAUGUCACAUUGUAGUAACAGCACGACAGGAGGUUGGUAUGGAGGUGCGCGAAUGCUGCGACAGGUUGCUAGAAAUUGAAGGUUUUACCAAAGAAGACGCCCGAGAGUUUAUCGUCAAAUACUUCAAGGAGGACGCUCAUUUGGCCGAGAAGCUAUUAAUCAAACUAAACCUUGACGAAAACCUCAGACAGUUGACAGAAAGUCCUUUAAACACUGUACUUCUUUGUCUCCUAUGUGAAGACUUUGAUGGUGUUUUUCCAGAGAGUGGCACACAGCUGUAUCUAGAAAUAGUAGAGUGUGUUCUUAGAAGAUACAGAAAAAAGAAAGGUUUACCACUACCAAAGGCCAAGGGCGAAGACCUCACCAAAGUAUACAAGACUCAACUGAAACAGCUUGGCUCGAUCGCGUUGAAGGGCCUCCUUCAGAAAAGCAUGUCCUUCGACGAAAGCGAGUUUGAAAAUUGUGAAGUCGAAUUAACUGAAUUUGGCUUUUUGUCCGUGGAGUGUGGCCGGAGCAAAGUGCGACCAUCUCUUAACUAUUGCUUUUUACAUAAAACAUUUCAGGAACUUUUUGCAGCAUUUUACCUCUGUUGCCAGGUUCUAAAUAACGAAGUUUGUCCAGAAAACAUAAUUACAGACACCAGAUAUUUCUGUGAGCUCAGACAAGUGCUUUUGUUCACAUGCGGCCUGUUGGCUUCACAACCUGAAAAGGUAAAGCCUUUGAUCGCCAGUAUUGCUGAAGAGGUACACAAUAACGAUGAAUUAUUUUUCGCAUUACAGUGCAUUGGUGAAUGUAGAAACGACACAAGUUCUUCCCUUCAUGUGCUGUUAUCUCGUUCCCUUGGCUCAAAUAUUCAAAUAACAAAGCUGGACUUUUCAUCCUUGGCCCUUGGUAAUAAUUGUUUUCAGUGUUCUACAUUGGCAGAGGUAAUCAAACACAAUUCAACAAUAACAGAGUUGGCUUUGUCAUUAAAUAGACUUGGUACUGGUGACUGUACUGCACUGGCGGACGCAAUCAAACAUAAUUCAACAAUAACAGAGUUGAAUUUGUCAUGGAAUAAACUUGGUACUGGUGACUGUACUGCACUGGCGGAAGCAAUCAAACACAAUUCAACAAUAACACAGUUGGAUUUGUCAUUAAAUGAACUUGGUCCUGGUGACUGUACUGCACUGGCGGAGGCAAUCAAACACAAUUCAGCAAUAACACAGUUGAAUUUGUCACAGAAUGAACUUGGGAUUGGUGACUGGACUGGACUGGCAGAAGCAAUCAAACACAAUUCAACAAUAACACGGUUGGAUUUGUCAUCAAAUAGACUUGGUACUGGUGACUGUACUGCACUGGCGGACGCGAUCAAACAUAAUUCAACAAUAACAGAGUUGAAUUUGUCAUGGAAUAAACUUGAUCCUGGUGACUGUACUGCACUGGCGGAAGCAAUCAAACACAAUUCAACUAUAACACAGUUGGAUUUGUCACGGAAUGAACUUGGGAUUGGUGACUGUACUGCACUAGCGGAAGCAAUCAAACACAAUUCAACAAUUACACAGUUGAAUUUGUCACGGAAUGAACUUGGGAUUGGUGACUGGACUGGACUGGCAGAAGCAAUCAAACACAAUUCAACAAUAACACAGUUGGAUUUGUCAUUAAAUAGACUUGGUACUGGUGACUGUACUGCACUAGCGGAAGCAAUCAAACGCAAUUCAACACUAACGAAGUUGAAUCUGUCAGGCAAUGACCUUAAUGCUCAUGAUGUUACUGCAUUGGCGGAGGCAAGCAAUUACAAUUCCUUAGUAACCGUUGAAUUUUAUAAACAACAGCCUCUGUGUUGGUGGAAGUGA